AUGAAGCAAACGGCCCCGCAAGGAGUGGCGGGCCUGCCGCCUCGAAUCACGAGGCCCGCGGAAGAAAGGCUGAUGGUUGCAGUGAGAAUACGACCCAUAAAACACAAUGAAGGGCAGCGGGUUCUGCAUAUGGUGGACAACAAGAUGGUGGUGCUGGAGGACGCGGAGGGCGAUAAGAACGACGUGCUGCGCCAGAAGAGAGGCAGCGAGCGCCGCUACGUGUACGACGUCGCCUUCGGGGAGCAGUCCACGCAGGAGGAGGUGUACCGCGGCACGACGAGCCGCCUGGUGCAGGACGUGCUGCUGGGCUACAACGCGACCGUCUUCGCGUACGGCGCCACGGGCUCGGGCAAGACGCACACCAUGGUGGGCUCGCCGCAGCAGCCGGGCAUCAUGGUGCGCGCCCUCAACGACCUCUUCCAGCACGUGCGCGACGCGCGCGACCCCGACGAGUACCAGGCGAAUAAUAAAUUUUCUUGCAUCAAAACCAAAAAUGCUUUUCUUUGUUUUAGUGAUAAUUGGCGUUAUCAGUUGUGCACCAAAGAUCGUGCUAGUGCUGAAGAUUUUAUAUUUGAGAGUAGUACUUCUUAUGCCUUAAGUGGAUAA